CAGACAGCUGCCUGAGUAGUUACAUUGAUAGAAGCUCCUGUUCCUAUCCCCACUCCCCCUCCUCCACUCCUACAUCAGCCUCCGUGUCAGCAUCAGCACCAGCAGCGGCAGCGACACAAGGAGAACGUACAGUAUCUGCUGCUCGCACAGAGCCGAGGUCGAGGGAUAAGCAGCUCCCAGGACUGAGCACCUCUCACCCAGCCGCUCACACCGCUGCUGAAGUUGGGGAACAGCAGCCUGAAAGUUGGAGGCUGCAGAGUCCUGCGCAGGUGGAGCAGCCAGACAGCUCAUGACAGUCUCCCCUCUCCCAGGCUUGCUCCGGAGGAAAUGAUCUGUGCUGCUGCUGCUGCUGCUGGUUACAGGGACGGUGCAGUGUGACAGCAGCUACAGUAGAUCCUCCCUGCACCACCUUCCCCUCCUCAUCAUCAUCACCCUCCUCCCCUCCAGCUCUCUCCAGCUCCCGGCUUGUUUAUAGAGCAGAGUGGGACUGGGAGGGAUUGCAACCAACGCUUUAGAGCACAUCCACGUGUUUUUUACACCAGUGGGGUCUGGAGUAUCUAUCCAAGAGAGAGGUUGCUGUGGGAGCAGCACACCUGCCUGUGUGUGCGGAACACGCGGCUGGGAAUAUCAGGGAAGUAUUCUAUCUAUCCUACUUCCCACCUGGAAACAUCACAGAGGCAUGACCACCUGCAGGUAUUUUGGUGAUGGGUCAGGAGAAUGCACAGCAUCAUGGUAGAGGGUGGCAUCAAACUGGCAUGGAGUGGCAAUGUGUAAUGUACACCAGGGUCUGUAUCUCUUCCUGAGAACCAGCAACUCAUUCUUCAACUACCUGCACCCACCUGUGCACACCCUCACUCCGGACUAUUGCAAAAGUUUCAGCAUCUCCAGUAAGAAUGAAUGAUACAUUCCCACUGGUCAUCUCCACCAGCUAACACCAUAAUACUAUAUGGGUCAUUUUUCAAUCAAACAUCAGUUAUACCUUUGGAUGGACGCUAGUUUUGUCAUUGUAUCUGUCUACUAUAUGUGUGUCUUUAUAACACUGGGGAUUUGCAUGAGUGGAACUCCCUUCAAUAACCGUGGCAGCAGUGGCGUGUUAGUUGUACAGUAGAUUGCAGGUCUCUAAAUCACCUAAAAGUGCUGUGAAAGUUUGAAGACACAGCACCAGCAUCGUCUCCCUCCACUCUCUGAGAGCUCCUUGUGGAUUAUUCACUUUCCAGCACCCUUUGCACCCUCACACCUACUGUAAUGAAGAGGAAACAGAAAAGGUUUAUUCAGAUGGCUUUGCUGUUCACCGUGGCUUUGAUAUUUCUGCCCAAUAUUGGUCUUUGGUCUCUGUACAAGGAAAAACAGCUCCUGAAAUCCACUGAUGGAGGAGAUCAGGCAUUUUCUCUUGGACUUAGUGAUGCUCAGCUUUACACAUGGACAGAUGGUCUUAGAAGGAAGGAUUGGCAUGACUAUGACAGCAUUCAGAAGGACACGCUGCGCUCAGGUAAAGGUGAACAUGGGAAGCCAUAUCCUGUUAGUGACCUAGACCAAGAUGACACAGCUUACCGAGAAAAUGGCUUCAAUAUAUAUGUUAGCAACAAUAUUGCACUGGAAAGAUCCCUGCCUGACAUUCGGCAUCCUAAUUGCAAGCACAAGCUUUAUUUGGAAAAGCUCCCAAACACCAGCAUUAUUAUUCCAUUUCACAAUGAAGGAUGGACAUCUCUACUGAGGACCAUUCACAGUGUAAUCAACAGGACUCCGGACAGCCUGAUAGAAGAAAUCAUCUUGGUGGAUGACUUCAGUGACAGAGAACAUCUAAAAGAAAAAUUAGAAGAAUAUAUGUCAUAUUAUUCUAAAGUCAGAAUUGUGCGUACUAAGAAACGUGAAGGGUUAAUCCGUACAAGGCUGCUAGGAGCAUCUGUGGCUAAAGGAGGCGUGUUAACGUUUCUGGAUUCUCAUUGUGAAGUUAAUGUGAACUGGCUCCCACCGUUACUGAAUCAGAUUGCUCUGAACCACAAAACAAUUGUGUGUCCCAUGAUAGAUGUCAUUGACCACAAUCACUUUGGAUAUGAGGCCCAAGCAGGAGAUGCCAUGAGAGGAGCUUUUGACUGGGAAAUGUAUUAUAAACGAAUCCCUAUUCCUCCAGAGCUGCAGAGAACAGAUCCCAGUAAUCCCUUUGAGUCUCCUGUUAUGGCUGGUGGAUUGUUUGCUGUUGACCGGAAGUGGUUUUGGGAGUUGGGAGGCUAUGAUCCUGGCUUAGAAAUCUGGGGAGGAGAGCAGUAUGAAAUAUCUUUUAAGGUAUGGAUGUGUGGCGGGGAAAUGUUUGAUGUCCCUUGUUCCAGAGUCGGCCACAUAUACAGAAAGUAUGUGCCUUACAAAGUACCAACAGGAACAAGUCUUGCAAGAAACCUGAAACGCGUGGCAGAGACAUGGAUGGAUGAGUAUGCAGAAUAUAUUUACCAGAGAAGACCGGAAUACCGGCAUCUCUCCACUGGAGACCUGUCUUCUCAGAAGGAGCUUCGCAAACACCUCAAGUGCAAAGACUUCAAAUGGUUCAUGGCUGAAGUAGCAUGGGAUAUACCAAAGUAUUACCCACCAGUGGAGCCCCCGCCUGCAGCCUGGGGAGAGAUACGAAAUGUGGCUUCCAACCUUUGCAUUGAUAGCAAACAUGGAGCAACAGGGACAGAACUGAGAUUAGACACUUGUGUAAAAGACGGCUCUGAGAGGACGUGGUCACAUGAACAGCUAUUUACUUUCGGAUGGAGAGAGGAUAUACGUCCCGGGGAGCCACUUCACACAAGAAAAUUCUGCUUUGAUGCAAUCUCUCGUAGCAGUCCUGUCACCCUUUACGAUUGUCAUGGGAUGAAGGGUAACCAGCACUGGAGCUAUAGAAAGGAUAAAUCAUUGUUUCAUCCUGUAAGCAACAGCUGCAUCGACUGCAACCCAGCUGAGAAAAAACUGUUCAUGAACACAUGUGAUCCUCUGUCUGAAACACAGCAGUGGGUUUUUGAACACAUUAACAUGACGAUACUACAGAAAUUCAACAUAUAUAAUAACUCUUAGAAGUCAAUGCAACUGGCUCCCACCACCCUCAGUGGACUAUAACUGGGCUAGAAGAGUCAGUGGUUUUGAUUUCGGUGAUCCCACCUCCUCUUUGUGAGGAUAUUAGCAAAAUAUGCCACGCAUAGACAAGCGCUAUCACAUGUCAUCGUAUCCAAAGAGCUUGGAUGAAAUGAGAACUGAUGCAGCUGCUGAGGACUUAAAUAGACUUUCCUUGCUGGUUCAAGGCCAAUGAUAACCUUUGGAAUAAUGUUCUAUGCUACCACAGUGAAAUGCAUUUUUAAUCUUACUCAGGACACUUCCUGCUGUAGUGUGUAGCUGUGAAUGGCAAAUAGUGGAUAAUGUUCUUCCGUUUUUUAUUUUGUAGUGGGGGGAAGUCGGGAAUGGACUGCAUGAUAAACAUCAGUCUUUUAAAUAACCACAAUCAUAGACUGCAAAGUAACACAAGCAGAGCCGCUGGCAGAAUAAUUAUACUAUGUGUUUCUUUUCUUAAAAUACUGAAGUUAACAGGUUUAACUCUCUCAUUUCUGCAAAAUGCUUUUAGAAAAUACCCCAAUACCUCUCCCCUCUGGUCACAAAACUGGAGUCUAGACACACAGAAGAAGGAAUUUUUGAUGCAGCAUGAAAUGGACUGUAAGAUUAUUUGACUUCUUAAUAUUUGAAACUUUGUUUUUUAAUUGAAAAUCAUUAAUAGAAUAAAAUAAUAUUGUACAACUAAAUUUCCUAAAACUGUGGUUGUUAAAUGAACAUUAAUAUGACAAUAUCUUAUGCAAGACUUACUGACUCAAGUAAUCAAAAAAUGAGUUGAAAAAUACGGUCAUCCUGUCAAGGUUAAUAUUCUGUUAUUCAGGACCAUAUAAUAACCUUUGGAGUGAUUUAUGAAAACAAAGCCUGGAUAAACUGUUUUGUUCAUAACGACCAAUCAGAUGUUUUUGUUUUUUAACUGACAGCAAGAAUCUGAUUGGCUGGUCUUCGCAAAACCACAACUUUCCUGUGUGCUUGUAGUAUUCAU